AUGGAUAAGAGUCUCCAACGAUCUACUCUGCUUGUGACCUUGUCACUCUUCUUCUUCUUCUUCUUCAUUCCGUUAUCAAUCUCUGUUCCAUUCAUUGUCUUUCACGGGAUUCAAGAUCAAUGCUCCAAUCCUGAAAUAAGCAGCUUCACGCAGCUCCUUCUCAACCUCUCAGGCUCCCCUGGCUCUUGCUUAGAAAUAGGAAAUGGAGAAGAAGAUUCAUGGUUCAUGCCGCUAACACAACAAGUGAGUAUAGCGUGUGAGAAAGUGAAACAGAUGAAAGAGCUGAGUCAAGGUUACAACAUUGUUGCACAGUCCCAAGGUAAUUGCGUUGCUAGAGGCUUGAUCGAGUUCUGCGACGAUGCUCCUCCUGUCCUCAACUAUGUCUCCUUAGGAGGUCCUCAAGCUGGCAUAGCCAACAACUCCAAGUGUGAUGUGAGAUCUUCUCCAAUGUGCAAGCUGCUGACAACAGAGGUCUACACUGACUACGUUCAAGAUCAUUUAGCUCCAAGUGGUUAUGUCAAAAUCCCUACCGAAAUGUCAGAGUAUUUAAAACAUUCAAAAUUUCUGCCAAAGCUUAACAACGAGAGACCUAACCAGAGGAACUCCACUUUCAAAGAACGUUUCACCAGUUUGGACAACUUAGUCCUAGUCAUGUUUCAGGGUGAUACAAUAGUGAGGCCUAAAGAAAGUUCUUGGUUUGGAUAUUACCCGGAAGGAGCUUCAACACCUCUUUUGCCUCCGCAACAGACAAAGCUCUAUACUGAGGACUGGAUUGGUCUAAAAACACUGGAUGAUGCCGGAAAGGUGAAGUUUGUCAGUGUCCCUGGAGACCACCUCCAAAUGGCUGAAGAUGACAUAGUGAAAUACGUCUUGCCUUACAUCAAGAACCAGCCAACGUUUUCUUCUUGA